ACAGCACUGUUCAAAUAUUUUUUGAGCGAAAAACUGUGACCGAUAACAGUGACUUGCGAUAAAUUGAAUGAAAUUUAUUGCAAUGAUACUUGUGUUUUGUCAACAAUAAUUUUUUUUUUCAAUGGGGAAAACUUCAAAGGAUAAGCGUGACAUAUUUUACCGACUGGCCAAGGAGCAGGGCUGGAGGGCGAGAAGCGCUUUUAAAUUGCUUCAGGCGGAUGAGACGUUCCACCUGUUGGAUGGACUUCAUCGAGCAGUGGAUCUCUGUGCAGCGCCGGGCAGCUGGUCUCAAGUGCUGGCUAAGCACAUGUAUGAGCCCCUUUCGGAAGAAGACAAGAAAAAGGUCAAGAUCAUUGCUGUUGAUAUGCAGGGAAUGGCCCCCAUCGAAGGUGUUACACAAAUGCGGGAGGAUAUCAGCAAGGAAUCCACCGCCGAAGCUAUUAUAAACUUUUUUGAAGGCGAAAAAGCUCAGAUUGUGGUUUGCGAUGGCGCCCCAGAUUCGACGGGCAUGCAUGACUUUGAUUCUUACGUCCAAAUCGAACUGGUCAUCACCGCCAUUAGCAUUGCCACUUACAUUCUGGAGGAAGGUGGCUCGUUUGUGUCGAAGAUCUACCGCUGUGACAAAACCAGCAAGGCAUACACUCAAAUGAAGCGCUUUUUCAAAGAUGUGUGCGUUUUUAAGCCCUCCGCCUCACGGAAUUCCAGCAUUGAGGCGUUUGUAAUUGGUCGUCAGUUCUGCCUGCCAGAAGGGCACAAGCUCUGCAACUUAACCCUCGAGUGGCAAAAUGAUCCAUCCACAUGGAUUGAGGAAUUUACCGGAUAUCCUCCCGCUGUCACCGUUCCAUUUGUCGGCUACAAGGGAGAAUGGGACUCAGAUCGCACAUACGGCUUGGAUGACGAUUAUGUGUACCAUGAGGCUGUGCAGGAACCACUGACAGCUGCCUAUCAAGAUGUUAAGAAAAAAACUGCCGAAAUUAAUAUUAAGUACGACCCCAUUGUUGAAAUACACGAUGAGCCUCUGCUUAAGGAUUGGGUGGAAAACGUUUUACAUCUAGAUUACGAACCACCUAAAGCGAUUCAAAAACAACGAAUUAAGAAUAAAACGAAGCCAAAGCAGAAUACUGAAGAUCAAGCAAGUGUAUAUGAAGAAUCAAAAGAAGAUGAAAAUCCUUCUGAUUCACAGUAUCAAGAAACUUUAGAGCAUAAAGCUUCCCCCUGUAAGAGCAAUACUGGACCAGAAAAAGACAAUCAGGACGCUCUAACAGCUAAGAGCCAUACAUUUACGAAUGGAGAGUUAAAAAAAGAUGUUAAUUGUAAUUCAGAGGAAGAAAUCUCCUGAUAUGAACAAAAACAUAUAGAAAAUACAUUAAAUUCAAUAUUAAA